CGGCAAGGUGUCAAAGAGAUACUAUGUCUGAUAUACCAGCAAUACAAGCCAGACGAUCCGGUGACAGCUUUAUGGCUGUGAAACAUACAAUGUUGCGUUUCAAAAAUCUCGUGGACUUAACAGUUGAGAAAGUUAACAUCAGAUAUGCAUACACAGCGAGACAAUUGGAUAUGCAGACUUCAUAUAUAGAAAAUCUCGUUUCGGACAUCAGAGAGAAAGUAGGUCAGCGGGAACCUUCACUGGUAACCAAGGAACAGAUAAAUCGCGGAAGCUACUACGACAAAACUAAGAUACUCAGACCUGAUGAGUAUGAUUAUGAGCCGAUACUUGAUUUUUCUGAACAUAUAAGCAAUGUUACAGAUUUAAUAGAGGAUGAAUCGAUGCCUAGUUUGAAGGAUCAAGGAUACAAAACCAUUCGAUUCCAAGAAAAAAAAUUGCAUAAAGGUGUACGCCAGCAGCAUUUGAUACGUAGGCCUACACCACCAAAUGGUGACGUUGAACUUAAGUGCCGAGAGCUGCUAGCUAAGAUACGCCAAGUCGUUAACAGGGUGCUUGAGGAAAUGCAAAGGGACGGAUCUGGAAGAGUGACGUUUAUUGGUGAGUGCGACCACACUAAGGAUGCCCCAUAUGACUAUAAAAAGAGACAAAUAAGCACUCAUAAUGAGCCUCAUGGCCCAAGCGUGUGGCUUAGGGUUGGCGCGCCUCUGGGAACCACAGACAUUGAUAUGUGUUUCUGCCUUCAAUGGAAGCCACAUAAGCUAGGACCAAGUGUUAUGGUCCCUACAAAAAAAGGAUGGUUGGAAUCAGUAGUAAGUCUACCAGACAACAGCAGAUAUACGCUGACACCAGCUCACGAGAAACUACUUUUAACAUUUAAGUAUGUAACACAUUUAACUAGUUUGUUAAUGCCCUCGAGGUUCUCUUGGAGUGUUUCAUCGUACACCUUAAAAGCAGUUAUCCUCCAUCACCAGAGAUAUUUGCAGGGAGGGUGUCAUACGGACAAUAUAGGUAAAUGCUUCAUGUCUAUCAUCGACAUAAUGCUGAAACCAAAUGAAGAGUUUGAUAAUGAAGAAAACGUUGUGCAUUUAACCAAUCAACAUAUCUCAAUUCCGGAUAUAGUUUACACAAAGAAAGAUCUGCAGAUCAGUAAUGUGAAGCGAGUAUCGAUGCUUGUCUCAAUGUUUUGGAUUGCUCAGCACGUCAAGCUGAAUCGUAACACGGACUGGUUUGAGGUAUUUGUGCGCAAUGACAAAGAUGAAAUUAAGAAGCACCCAACGUUAAAAUCUUUAGACGACAGUUUGAAGAGAUUUCAUAAAAUAGCUGGAAAGGGAAAGGUCGAACUUGAGUGGCAACAUGACACAAGCAAGACAAGGGUUACAAUAAUGGGAGAGGAUUUUAAAGAGGAUACGUCAACGUCUGGAAGCAAUGGAGUGAUUCCUCCAAGGCCUGAUACAGACAUCGGUCACGAUACAAAGCCACCAUGUCGAAGCUCUGACACUUCCGACCAGUCGACCCAAGGGGCAGCACCAAAAACCGUGAAUUCUAGGAUGAAGAAAAGUGAUGAAUAUAUGUAUGGCUCAAUACCAACUACCCAAGACCAAGCCGAUAUGCCCGAACCAAGAUCAUUGGGACCACAAGCACAAAGCGUAGAAGCAACAUUACCAGCGGAACAAGGGGCCAGCUAUCAACCAGAAACACCCAGCAAGACCUGCAGUAAAUAUAACCCAUCAGGAAAAACCAAGAAACAAGAGAAAUGUGAACCAACAUACGGUAAAAAGGAGGAGUCCAACAAGCACGUGAGAAAACCUACCGAAGAAAGGAAAUAUGAGUGUGCCAAAUGCAUGAAUGCAUUCGAUUUAAAGUCUACUUUAAGUAACCAUGAGAAAAUCUGCCAACGAACCGAUAAACCAUUCAAAUGUACGGUGUGUAAAAAGUCUUUCAAAGCAGAACGUUAUUUAAAAGAGCACAUUAAGGGCCAUGAGAAUCCCGACCAAUACAAAUGCGACAUAUGCGGUGAUACGUUUCCCUAUCGCCCAACUCUACACAGUCAUAAACGAAGCAAACACAAAAACCAAUAACUAGAGACGUUCGUUGAUCUGGCGCAUCCCUCAAGAUCUGGACUUAGGAAAAGAAAUGAAAUAAAUACCAUUGUUCAUCUUCCAAUCUAAGCAAUCACGAUAGAGUUUCAUUUGUGUUACUUCACAGUUUUAUUUUAGAAAAUUAUUGAAACUGGCUAAUCAAGCUUCUCUAGUAGUUGGUCUACGGUCACUAUACGGCCUCCACACCGCAGUUUCCCGACAUCUACGACUGUCUUACUGUACAGUCGCCGUAUGAAAUGUAAUAUAACCCAUAAUCACAUAGCAUUAAUAAAUCCUAGUGGUGGGACUCGCCACCAAA